AUGGACGACGAUGGCAUCACGGAUCAAUGGGAUAACUGCAGCAAGUUAGAUGUGUACCUUGGUGACCCGGCAAACCUGUCCAAUGAGCUGAAUCGUGUCAGGAAGAAGACUGGCCUUGGUAGCAUGAAGGCUCUCCAUUUCCACAUUGAUCCAUCACGAGUGCAUACCACAGCAUCCAUGUUGACCUUUUUCAAGCGCAUCCUUAGCCUAGUGCCACAAAUCACCAAGAUCCACAUUGGAAGUCAUGAAAUCUUGCAAAUCAUUGGAAGAGGUGGAUCCGCCAAAAUCCCAGUCUCGGUGGUGAUUGCCAUUAUUGAGCAGUUGCUGCGCCGCCGACGCUAUCCGCUCGGUUGUGUGAGAUUCUUCAAUGUCAAAUUGGAGGGCAGCUGGCAGGACUUUCAGAAUUUUGGAUCUGUGGUUCGGCGCAUUGACCAUCUGGAACGAUUUAAUCUGGAUAAGGUCACGCUGUUGGAUACAGUACCGCCAUCGCAGGUUCCUCCGAAUGCUACCCCUGGCUGUUGGUUGGAUCCUGUCAUGCAAGCCGUGGCUUCCCUACCUCGCUUGAAGCACUUAAGAGUCCUGGGAAGUUCUGAUUUUGGUCUCAUGAAUGCCUUGACGGGACGCCUAGAG